GUCCUCUCUCCUAGUCCUGGCUCAUUUGCUACGCACACUGAAACGGAGCAUAGCAGAGGAGCGCUGCCAUGGGCUCCCUUCGCUUUCCGUUCUCGCUGCCUCAGCUCCCGAAUCCGAGUCGAUGGCCGAAACCCUCCUCGUUCCUCAUCGCCGCCGCCGCCACUGCCGGCGCCGGAAUUGGGUUCGCGGUCAAUGUCUCCCGUAGAUCGGCCGCAGACCCUUCCGAACCCUACCGUCAUCCGUUUGCCCGACCUUCCCCCAUUUGGGCCUCCGUGUCCCUCGCCGAUGCUCCUCCCGCGGAUACCUCCGUGGAGCCGAGUACGGGCGCGUCGUUCCCCACGUCUUUGGACGGCGGCCGGCGCCUCACUGGGAUCGGGCUGCGGAAGACGAUCGUCUUGGGGAUCAAGAGCAUCAAUGUCUACGCCUUUGGUGUUUAUGCUGAUGACAGUGAUAUAAAAAGAUUGAGUCAGAAAUAUGGCAACGUUGCAGCAACUGAAUUGAAGGAAAAUAAAGAGUUCAUUGAAGAUGUAUUGGACCAGGAUUUACGCUUGACAGUUAGGCUUCAAAUAGUUUAUAGCAGACUAAGCAUAGGUUCAGUGCGGAAUGCAUUUGAAAAAAGUGUAGGAAGCAGGCUUCAAAAGUUUAGUGGAUCAGAAAACAAAGAAUUGCUUCAAAGCUUUACUUCUUUAUUCAAAGAUGAAUACAAGCUUCCCAAGGGUUCGGUAAUUGAUCUUUCAAGGGAACAAGGUUAUGUGCUUCAAAUAAAAAUUGAUGGACAGGAUGUGGGGAAGAUCCAAAGUAAGCUGCUUUGUAAGUCGGUGUUGGACCUCUACUUUGGCGACGAUCCCUUUGACAGCCAAGCUAAAGAAGAUAUCCGAUCUGGUCUGGCUUCUAUCCUCUUUGAGUGAUUUCAUUAUUGGCUUCAAAUCAAUUGACUCAACAAAUAAGUUAUAUCAAUCAAAUGGCUGUUCUCUUAGAAAUUGUCUGUAGCCUUGUUUGCACAAAAAAAGUGAUGUACCAGAUCCUAAACCAACUGAACAUGUUUCAGAUCUUUCUUUAAAAGUGUAUCAAUUCGAAUGAUUAAUGGUGCAAUUGGUUCACCGUUUAA